ACGUUCCUCAUUUAUUCCAUCGUACGCCAACGUAGGGACAUAUCCCCAUACAUGCUACUAUCUCGUCCCCGAGCCAAUACCAUAGUUUGGUAAAGGAAAAAAAAAAAACGUAAAGGCCUCAAGAUCAAACCCCUCUUUAUACCUAGCAAAUUAUAUCGAACUCUGCCUUCCGAAGCAGCACAGCCAUUCGCCAUGCCUCGUCCCUCUCUCCGGAAGCCGGGAAAGGCGGAGGGCGGCGAGCCGGCCGACGGCGCAGCGAAGGCUAGCGUUACGAAGCGCAAGGCUAACGAUGAACUAGACGGCAUCGAAGAGCCCGAAGAGAUCGAAGAGGAGUCCAAGCCUACCAAGAGACGAAAGACCCGAGUCAAAGCCGAGGAGGAGGAAGAGGAAGAAGAGCCUGCAGCCGACCAACCCCCAGCCAGAAAGCCGCAGCGCAAAGCUGGUAAGGGCAAGUCUCAAGACGCCAUGGCUCUCGCCCCGCGCACUCCAAUCGAUGCGCUCAAGAAGCUCAUGUAUAUCGGAGCGCACGUGAGCGCUGCAGGAGGCGUGCAAAGCUCGAUCCCAAACGCCGUGCACAUCGGCGCAAAUGCGUUCGCGUUGUUCCUCAAGUCCCAGCGCAAGUGGACAAAUCCUCCUCUGGCGAAAGAUGCGCUCGACGGCUUCCGCACCCUAUCUCACGAGCACAAGUACGACGUCCACAAGCAUUGCCUCCCCCACGGCUCCUACCUCAUCAACCUAGCCCAGGCCGACAAGACCAAGGCGGCCCAGGCCUACACCUCGUUCCUCGACGACCUAGAGCGCUGUGAAUCGCUCGGCAUCAAGCUGUACAAUUUCCACCCCGGAAGCGCGAAUGGAGGGCCUAGAGUGGAGGCUAUCUGGCGCAUCGCCAAGAAGAUCAACAACGCCCACAAGGCCACCAAGACCGUGGUAACGGUGCUGGAGAACAUGGCCGGCCAGGGCACUGUCAUCGGCGCCACGUUCGAGGACCUACGGGAUAUCAUCCGUCUCAUAAAGAACAAGGACCGGAUUGGCGUUUGCAUAGACACCUGCCACGCCUUCGCCGCAGGCUACGACCUGCGUUCGCCGGAAGCCUUCCAAGAGACGAUGAAGCAGUUCAACAAGGUCGUGGGGGCGCGGUACCUGAAGGCGCUGCACCUCAACGACAGCAAGCGCCCGCUGGGCUCGCAGCGGGACCUGCACGCCAACAUCGGGACCGGGUUCCUAGGCCUGCGGGCGUUCCACAACGUCGUCAACUACGACGGCUUCGCGGGCCUGCCCAUGAUCCUCGAGACGCCCAUCGACCGCAAGACGCCCGACGGCAAGACCUUCGAGGACAAGCAGGUCUGGGCCGACGAGAUCAAGCUGCUCGAGCGCCUCAUCGGCAUGGACCCCGACAGCGCUGAGUUCGCCGCCCUCGAGGCCGACCUCUCCGCCCCCGGCCGCGCCGAGCGCGACAGGAUCCAGGAGGAGGCCGUCCUCAAGGCCCACAAUGCCCUCGCCGCAGAGGUCAAGGCAAAGGCCGCCGCCGAUAAGAAGAAGGCGGCGAAGGCACGGCGCAGGAAGAAGGCGUCCUCCUGAGGACGAGGCCGAGGACGGCGAUGGCUAGAAGGGUAUCUGCGCUGGU